UAUCACAGGACAUGUGGGCUACGAGAGUCGGCAUAUACGUCCUAGUCGCGUUUUAUAGUUUUUGCUAUCUUUUUUUCCUAUAAUGAGGAUUUUAUUUUUAUUUUUCCUCAACAUAUGACUGGUGUAUAUAUACCUAUAUAAUAUAAUUAACUACGUUUUUUAUACAUUAAAUGUGUUCUUGGAGCAGGCAACCGAAACGUUUUAUUUACCUGCAUCUUUCAUUAGCUGUCCUUCCUCGCCAGACUUUUAGUAUUCAAUGGAAAUAAAUACACGUCUUGUCAGUACGUGAUUUUGUGGACAUUUCCAGUAGGCAAAAUGGAUGGGAAAGUUAAGGAACAAAGGAAACAUCAGUUGAAACACAGUGGACCAAAGGCGGAGAGGAAAAAACUGAGGAAGCACGGAGACCCCAUAGAAAAAGAUGAACGCAAACGUAACCCCAAAGCCUUUGCGGUGCAGUCCGCUGUACGCAUGGCCAAGACUUUUCACAGGUCUCAGGAUAUAAAGACCAAAAAGCACCAUAUCCCCCUGGUUGACCGGACCCCCUUGGAGCCUCCUCCUGUUGUAAUUGUAGUAGUUGGCCCUCCUAAGGUGGGGAAAAGCACCCUAAUACGUUGCCUGAUCAAAAACUUCACACGGCAGAAGCUUGGGGAGAUAUCUGGCCCAGUAACUAUUGUUUCGGGAAAGAAACGACGUCUCACUUUCAUAGAAUGCAACAAUGAUAUAAAUACAAUGAUUGACCUUGCAAAAGUUGCUGACUUGGUUCUGAUGUUGAUCGAUGCCAGCUUUGGCUUUGAAAUGGAGACGUUUGAGUUUCUGAACAUCUGCCAAGUGCAUGGCUUUCCUCGUAUCAUGGGUGUACUGACUCACUUGGAUUCCUACAAGAACAACAAGACACUCCGUAAGACCAAGAAAAACCUCAAGCAUCGCUUCUGGACGGAAGUCUUCCAGGGUGCCAAGCUCUUUUAUCUGUCUGGUAUGGUUUAUGGCGAAUAUCAAAGGCAGGAAGUAAAGAACCUUGGUCGCUUCAUCUCUGUCAUGAAGUUUCGUCCUUUGGUAUGGCAGACAUCCCACCCUUAUGUGCUUGUGGACCGAAUGGAGGACCUGACUGACCCUGAAAAAGUCAGAACUGACCUAAAGUGUGAUCGGACAGUUUCGCUCUAUGGCUACUUGCGAGGCACAUGUUUGAAAAAUAAAAGCCAGGUCCAUAUUCCAGGGGUUGGAGACUUCCCGGUUGCUGACGUCAACUUUCUCCCAGACCCAUGUGCGCUGCCAACUGCUCAGAAAAAGAGGGCGUUGAAUGAGAAGGAACGGCUACUCUAUGCACCCAUGGCUGGAGUUGGUGGAGUGGUUUAUGACAAGGAUGCCGUGUACAUUGACCUUCCUGCAAGCCAUGUCAAGCAACAGCAAGAGGAGGAGGUGAGACCCACAACCGAGCUGGUCCAGUCUCUCAUUGACACGCAUGCCACCCUGGAUGCCAAGAUGGCUGCCAGCAAAGUGACUCUUUUUAGCAACUCUGCUAACCUGGAUCCCGCAGACAUCAACUCACAGAACAGAGAAAAUGUCGGCCGUCUGGAGGAGUGUGUCUGGGAUGCUGUGAGCCAGAGAGAGAGGAGAAAGGUGAUCUUUACUGGAGAAGGGGAGGCUGAAGACAAAAGUGACGUUAGUGCCUCCAGUGAUGACGAAGAUAGUGAUGAAGAAGAAAAUGAACUGGAGGAGCAGGAUGAGGAUAAUUUAGACCAUAACCUUUCUAGUUUUAUCCGAGAGGCAAGAGACCAAUGUGCUGCAAGUGAGAAAGGUGCCCCACCUUUGAAGAAACAGAAGCUGCAGGAGACAAAAGAAGUGGUGGCCGAGUUGCCUGUGUUCGCUGACAGUGAAGACGAUUUGGAGAUGAACGGAGAAGAGGAUGAAGAAAAGGAUGCUGAGAAAGUGGGAGACUCAGGACAUUGCUCCGAUGAGGAUGAAGAAGAGAGUAGUGAUGAAGAGAGGGACGAUGUGGAUGAAGAACUGUCACUGCAGGAGGAGGAUGAAGAUGUGGCGCAAUCUACAGGAGAAAAUACAACGAGUGAAAGUGAUGAAGAAGAAGAAGAACUAGGAGCACUGCGGUGGAAAGAGGGUUUGCAGCAAAAGGCAUCAGAAGCAUUUCUACGGCAACAGGAAGUUGCACCCAAACUGCGAAAACUGGUGUAUGGCUCAGUUGAAGGAAAAGACGAAGACGAUGACGACAAUGAUGAUGAGGAAGAGUUGGGGGGACUUUUUCGGGUCAACCGCUCUCAAAACAGUAAAAGAUUUCAAGCAAACGCACUUGAUUGUUCCCGUUUCGAACCCAAUUCCUCCCACAACUGGGAUCUGAAGGAGGUGCUUGACUCCAUUAGGGACUGCUUUGUAACUGGGAAGUGGGAGGACGACCAAGAUGCCGCCACACUGCUGAAGGAGGAUGAUGAGAUGUACGGGGAUUUUGAAGAUCUGGAAACAGGCGAGGUCCACGCUGGCAAAAAUGAGUUGCAGGAUAAAGAUGAGAAUAGUGAAAAUGAGGAAGAUGAUGACACUCAAGAGACGGCAAUGAGGGUGGAUGAUGAUGAAGUCCAAAAAAAAAAGCGUUUGGAGAAGAAACAGCGGCUCAAAGAGAGAUUUGAUACAGAGUAUGAUGAUGAAGACGCCACUUACUUUGAUGAUCUGAAGGAGGAGAUGCAGAAGCAGGCAGAGCUGAACAGGUCGGAGUUUGUGGAUGAAGACGAUGAGACAAGAGUGCAGUACGAAGGUUUCCGGCCUGGAAUGUACCUCAGAAUCGAGAUCGCCUCUCUUCCCUAUGAGUUUGUAAGCAACUUUGAUCCCCACUAUCCCAUCAUCCUUGGUGGCCUUGGUUCCAAUGAAGGGAGUGUUGGAUACCUUCAGAUGAGACUGAAGAAACAUCGCUGGUAUAAUCGUAUCUUGAAGACAAGAGACCCCCUUAUUCUGUCCCUCGGCUGGCGCCGCUUUCAGACCAUCCCCCUUUACCACAUCGAGGAUCAUAACGGGCGACACCGCCUGCUUAAAUAUACGCCACAGCACAUGCACUGUGGUGCCUCCAUCUGGGGUCCCAUCACACCACAGGGCACAGGUUUCCUGGCUUUGCAGUCUGUAGCAGGAAUUAAAGCAAAUUUCCGUAUUGCUGCCACUGGAGUUGUCCUGGACCUGGAUAAGUCAGUGACUGUUGUAAAGAAGCUCAAACUCAUUGGUUAUCCAUACAAGAUCUUCAAGAACACAUGUCUUAUUAAGGGCAUGUUCAAUACAGUGUUGGAGGUGGCCAAAUUUGAAGGGGCCUCUAUACGAACAGUGUCCGGGGUCAGAGGUCAAAUUAAGAAAGCGCUGUCAACAUCACAGGGUUCUUACAGAGCUACGUUUGAGGACCGACUGGUCAUGAGUGAUAUUGUCUUCCUGCGCUCCUGGUAUCCAGUGUCUGUUCCGCAGCUCUACAAUCCUGUUACGUCUUUGUUGCUGCCUGUGGGUCACAAAGACAGCUGGUCAGGAAUGCGAACCUUAGGGCAGCUCAAAUAUGACCUUGGAGUCCGUAACAAACCCAACACUGACUCUCUGUACAAGUCUGUGGUUAGGAAACAAGCGCAUUUCAAUACCCUCCGUAUCCACAAAGGCCUCCAGAAGUCUCUGCCUUUCAAGAGCAAACCCAAACUACAGCAACGCAAGGGGAAAAGACCCAGAGACCUCCAAAGGCCCAGCGUGAUCAGGGAGCCUCAUGAACGGAAGGUGUCAGCUCUUCUCCAUGCCCUUGGCACAAUUCACCAGUAUAAGACUAAGAAGGCCCGCACAGCACAACAGGCCAAACAAAAGGAGUUCCACCAACAGAAGGCAAAAGAAGACGAGGCCAAACUGAAGAGACAAAAAGAAGCCCGUAAAAAACUGUAUCGUGUAAUGGGUCAGAAGGACCAGAAGAAGCUAAAGUCCAGUCUGAAGGGAGCACCAGAGCUUGACUAAUCUGCCAACUUUUCAUUCAUGUUCACUUCCUGACUAAGAUACUCUCUCAUCUGUGCACUGCCACAAUGCAGAAUAUGUGACGCUUGCAGUGAUUUUAAAUUAUGUUUUGUUGUCAACAUUCUGUUGUAAUAAUCAUAAUAAACCGUAGUAACCACAUAA